CCCGGUGGUGUUCAUUUGACCUCGCAUAGUUAUCCAGUGUUUUGUGGUACCACUCCUCAAACGGGAUCCAUCAUUAUAGAAGACUGUCCAUCCAGGUAUUCCUGUCUCGGAGAUACCAACUAUAAAUAUUCUCUGUGCUGUCCUGAUGAUACUACUUUGGGCUGCUAUGUGAAUAAUGCUUUUAUACCAAAUGGUGAUUACUAUAUUGACGACGAGUGUUAUGCAUGUCAAUGUGUAAACGGUAGGAUUACAUGUGAGGACACACCGUUAUGUGAUAAAAUGUGUCCCAGUGGAGUACAACCUUAUAAAGACGACCAAAACAUGAAUGCAUUAUGCUCCGUUGCAAUUGGUGUCGAUAGUAUAUUAACUCAGACCUGCCCACGUGGUUUCUACUGUAACAUGAUAACGAGUUCGCACGGUGUGUGCUGCCCGCUGAAACUUGAUGAUGUGUGUUAUUAUAACGGCGUUGCGUACCCAGUUGGUGGAACCGUGAUAUGGGGCUGCGCCCUCUGUCAAUGCCGGGAUGGUGGAUUUGUAUGUUUGUAUCCCCCUGGUCUUAUCUGUGAUCCAUCAGAACCCAUCUGCCCCAAUGGCGAUGAUUACUAUACAAGUACGGGAACAGACGUUAAUUUUUGUACACUUCCACUGGAUGCACCAUUAGGUCUUACACAAGGGGAUUGCCCGGCUGAUUAUUUUUGCCAUCCUUUGGACCUCGGAUACAGUAUAUGCUGUCCAGCAAUUUCUGGAGAUUGCGUUGUUAAUGGAGUUCUGAUUCCGAAUGGCGGAGUGAUUCUGAUGCCAGACUGUGUGUUAUGGUGGGUAUUACAGAUUUAA